CGCAGACGCCACUAAAGGCUGGACAGCUCUUGUACUCUAUCGGAAGAGUGAAACUAUGGUUGCAAGCGGGACGUCCUAUAGAUGUCGCCCGGUAGACCUUGGUCAAUUGCAUCAUGGAGGAAUACGCACGUGAACCAUGCCCAUGGAGAAUAGUGGACGAUUGUGGUGGAGCCUUCACCAUGGGUGCCAUUGGAGGAGCUGUCUUUCAGACUAUCAAGGGCUUCAGGAAUGCUCCCAGUGGCAUGAACAGGAGAUUUUUGGGAAGUCUGGCAGCAGUAAAGGAGAGGGCUCCAGUAAUAGGAGGAAAUUUUGCUGUCUGGGGUGGGAUGUUUUCAACAAUUGAUUGCACUUUGGUGCACCUCAGAAAGAAGGAGGAUCCCUGGAAUUCCAUCAUCAGUGGGGCUGCCACUGGAGGAAUUCUUGCUGCACGGAGUGGGCCUGCUGCAAUAGCUGGGAGUGCCUUCAUUGGAGGUGUCCUCUUGGCAUUGAUUGAAGGUGUGGGAAUCCUCUUUACCAGAUUAUCUGCUGAACAGUUUAAACCCAUCAAUCCUCAGAUGGAAGAUCCCUCACAGCUUGGACCUUCUCCACACAGUCCAUUUGGAGCUCAACAGCAUUACCAGUGACACUCAAUUAGUACUAGAUAGUCAAGUUUCCUUUCAUGGUCAUGUGAACCAGAAGUCACUUUUCUCUUGGAGCUGUCAGUUUCUGUUCAUUUUAAGAUGCAAGACCUCAUCCCGCCAAAGCUAUUUGGAUAGAAUGCAACUUUAGUUAAAUGCCAUUUCUUUGAUGAUAAAUUUUUUUGUUUGAAUUAA